AUGGCCGGACGUCGGCGCCUCCAAGCAGGUUCGCGAACCGACCUCCCGCCGCUAAAGAUCGUCCGAAAGAUCAUCGUACUUCAAAUCGCCUAUUAUGCCUGCGCAACGGUACUCAUCCUCUUCACGACAGUGGUGUACGGCACGCCAUUCUCGUUGAAUUUGGUCUUUGGCUGGGACUAUCUACGCGGGGAUACGACGGUGGGGUGGAUGCUUGGACUUGUCUGGAUGUUGAACUGUUUCAUUAGCGUGAUUUUCCUUCUUCUAUUCGUCUCCCGGUCCAAGCUGGUUCCGGAUUUCGCCCUCACGAUUCACUUCUUGCACCUCGUCGCCACCACCCUUUAUACCCACUCUCUUCCUUCAAACCUCCUCUGGUGGGGUCUACAAGGCGCCAGUGCCUCUAUGAUGAUUUUUGUCGGUAUGUGGGCUUGCCAGCACCGAGAACUCCGGCCGAUCACCUUCACUGGGCUGGAAGGUAGCAGCCAGGCCGCAUCCUCGCAGCAAACUGGCGGCAAUGGUCAGCAGGAGUCAAGCUUUGGACGGGGUCGUGGGCGCGAGCGCAGUCUUCAGAAUGAGUAUGAAAUGGAUCAGCUGAAGGCGACCGGAGAGCACGCUGUAUAA